AUAAACCAUUAAACCCUGGCUGGGAAAAUGGCAACGCUUCAGCUCCUGCUCCAAUACCCUCACUCCUUUGCCCUAAUUUCUCACACCAACAUCAAAUUCACAACCACUUCCCCCAUUUUCACACUCAACCCCCAAAAUUCCCACAAAUUACCCACACCCAAGUCCUCCACAAGUGACACCCCUUCCACCACCACCCGCCGCGGCCGCAAAAAGUCCACCUCCACCACCCCACCAACUUCCUCCACCAAAAAAUCAAAACGCCCCAGCAAAAAAGCAUCCGAAUCGCCAAUUUCCCCAGAAGAUAGCGACAAUGUCGAAGAGCUCGACGAUUUCGACGACGGCAUCGAUUUUCCAUACGAAGACCCGCCACUGGUAUGCUGCUUUGGAGCAGCUCAGAAGGAAUUUGUGCCUACAGUGAGAGUAGCGCCGGAGCAAAUGCACCCGGAUAUCUACUCCCAAUGGAAAAUGCUUCAGUGGAACCCACCCGAGUUCGUGAGAGCUCCAGGAGGCCCACCUUCCAAUGUGGCGAUUUCCCAUUCGAGGCUUGGCGGACGAGCCGCAUUUAUCGGGAAAGUUGGGAGUGAUGAAUUUGGUCAGGAAUUGGUGUUGAUGAUGAAUAAGGAGAAGGUGCAAACUAGGGGUGUGAAAUUUGAUGAUAAUCUGCGAACUGCGUGUACUUAUAUGAAGAUUAAAUUUGAUGGGGGGAAAAUGCGGGCUGAGAAUGUUAAAGAAUGUGCAGAGGAUUCUUUGCUUAGCUCAGAGUUAAAUCUUUCAGUCCUCAAAGAGGCAAGAAUAUUCCAUUUUAAUUCCGAAGUCCUAACAUCAACCGCAAUGCGUUCCACCCUAUUCAAAGCAAUUAAACUGUCCAAAAAAUUCGGCGGUCUUGUAUUUUUCGACUUGAAUCUACCACUGCCAUUAUGGAAAUCACGUGACGAGACGAGAGAAGUGAUCAAAGAGGCAUGGGAACAAGCGGACAUAAUCGAGGUCACAAAGCAAGAACUCGAAUUCCUCCUAGACGAAGACCACUACGAGAAGAGAAGAAACUACAGACCCCAAUACUACGCGGAGAGUUACGAGCAAACCAAGAAACGAAGAGAUUAUUACCAUUAUACCCGCGAAGAAAUCUCGCCACUGUGGCAUGACCGGCUGAAGUUCUUGUUCGUGACAGAUGGCACCCUUAGGCUGCACUACUACUCCCCUUCGUUUGAUGGAGUGGUGAUUGGUACAGAAGAUGUUCUUAUUACACCUUUUACAUGUGACAGAACUGGCUCGGGCGAUGCAGUUGUGGCUGCCAUUAUGAGGAAGUUGACCACACAACCGGACAUGUAUGAAAAUCAGGAUACGUUGGUUAGGCAACUACGGUUUGCUAUUUCGGCAGGGAUAAUAGCACAGUGGACAAUUGGUGCUGUACGAGGUUUUCCUACAGAGAGUGCUACGCAGAAUCUGAAAGAGCAAGUUUAUGUUCCAUCUAUGUGGUAGGGUUUGGAAAGAAGUCGAAUUUUGUUUGUAAUUUGAUGAACGUGUGUACGAGGAUUUUAUAUGUUAGUGUAUGAUUUGCAGAACUAAUAUUCGAUGUAGUCAUUGUUACACGA